AUGGCGGAAGAUGCGGCGGUCGAUUACACGCUGAACAAUCCCGAUACUCUGACGAAGUACAAGACAGCCGCUCAGAUCUCCCUCAAGGUUCUAGAAGCUGUUACUGGAUGGUGCCUCGAGGGAGAAAAGAUUGUCUCCAUAUGCGAACGCGGAGAUAAGUUCCUGGCGGAAGAAGUUGGCAAGGUUUACAAAGGAAAAAAAAUCUCUAAAGGAAUAUCACAUCCCACGACUGUCUCUCCUAGCUCUUACGUUACUCCAUACACUCCACUUUCUACAGAUGCCGAGGAAGCGCCUACAUCAUUAAAGGCCAACGAGGCGGUCAAGAUUCAAUUGGGAGCCCAAAUAGACGGCCUCGGCACUAUCGUAUGCGACACGAUCAUCAUACCAGGAGAGGCCAAUAAGGAUGACAAACUACUCGGCCGGGAAGCUGAUCUGUUGCUUGCUACACAUUACGCAAACGAGCUUCUCCUGAGGCUCAUGAUACCUCCCGGUCUCCUAGCUUCUGGGACAGAUGAGGAGAAAAAGAAAGCAGCAUCGAUAAAGCCCAUCACGCAGUCGAAGAUGACACACCUUCUCGAAAAAGUAGUCAAAAGUUACGGCUGCAACCUGGUUGAAGGGACCACGUCCUGGCUGUUCGAGCGAAAUGAAAUUGAGGGCAAAAAGAAGAUUGUCCUUUCUCCCCCAUCAGACGGCGGCAAGGGCGAAGGGGUUCCUGAGAUUGGGGAUGUUUGGGGCGUGGAAAUGGGUGUUAGUCUGGGUACCGGCAAGAUAAAGACGUUGGAAAAUCGCCCUACGCUACACCGGAGAACCACCAUCACUUACCAACUCAAAAGACCGAGUUCUAGGCAAACGCUUUCGGAGAUCGUAAAGAAAUUUGGGACUUUUCCCUUCAGCUUGAGGCAGCUUGAGGAUGAAAGAGCGGCCAAAGUUGGUGUGGUAGAGUGUGUGCGAUCAAAUGUUCUCCGACAGUAUGAGGUUGUAGCAGACAAGGACUCGGCUCCUGUCGCAAGACUUUUGACAACAAUUGCCAUCACGAAGAAUGGGAUCGUCCGUUUGAGCGCACCGCCAGCCCCAAGCUUGGAACAAUACAAGACGGAGAAGAAAAUCACCGAUGAAGAAAUCCUAAAGAUUCUUGAGCAGCCUGUAGCACGGUCGACCGGGGCAAAGGGUAAGAACAAGAAAAAGAAGAAGAAGCCGGCCAAGAAAGCAACAGAGGAGGAAGACGAGGACUCCAGCGAUGAGGAGUGA